AUGGCUUCAAGUGCUUUGAGAACAACUGCCUUUCUUGUAACUCUCAACCUUAUCUUCUUCACUUUGGUAAGUUCAGAGCCAUUACCAGAAGCCACUUGUGCUAUAAAUGGCCUCAAGUUGGGUGUGUGUGCCAAUGUCCUCAACGACUUGGUGCAUGGCAUCAUUUCAGGAACCCCAUCACCUUCCCCUUGCUGUGACCUCUUCUUCGGUCUUGUUGAACUUGAGGCAGCAGCAUGCAUUUGCAAGGCCAUUAAAGCUAAUGUAUUGGGUGUUAACCUCAAUGCAUCAGCCUCCAUGAGCUUGUUGCUUAACCAUUGUGGAAAGGAGGUCCCUUCUGGUUUCCAAUGUGCUUAG